AUGUCGCUGUUCGGCAAUCUUGGAGCCUCGCAGCCUGCUUCUACUGGUACCUCGGGCGGAGGCUUGUUUGGAACAGCAGGAGGUGCAUCAGGCGGCACGACAUCAAGCUUGUUUGGCAAUCUGGGCGCAGGCACAUCCAAUGCGCAAUCUGGCACAACGCAAGCAACAAGCAGUGGAGGUCUAGGCGGCGGUCUGUUCGGUGCAGCAAAGUCGACUGCUACCACGACACCCUCGCUGUUCGCUGGCGCAGCAUCGACAACGCAACCCCAGCAGCAAUCGCAACCACAAACGGGCGGCUUCUCGCUGUUCAGCAAUACGGCGGCGCAACCGACUACCAACAACACGCAACAAACAGGCGGCCUUGGUCAGACCUCGCUUUUCAAUACCACGACCCAGCAGCAGACCCAGCAACCCCAGCAGCCCCAGCAACAGGGCGCGUCGCUCGCCCAGGCAAACGCAGGCUCCGGCCGCUCCGCUCAUUUCGAUCAUCUCCUGGAACGGGGACGUAAGCGCAAUGCUGGCGAGAAUGGCACCAGCAACUUUGACGAGCUGCCGUCGCUCCAGUUGGGCCUUGGCGACAUUGCACGCAAGGUGCGAAACUUGGGUUCUGGAGGCCCUUCGGCGGAUCAGGUCCAAGAUCGCGCUCAAGACCGCGCUGCCCACUAUCUACUCUCAGCUUCUGGCGUGAAGAUGGGCAGCACCCUCCGAGAUCUCAACCAGUUCUCUUCCCAGGCAGGCCUCGCUACACCUGGCCAGGCUCAGAGUCUCUUCGACAACGACGUGGACGGUUACAUCUCCAACUUGCAUUCGCAGUCCACCUUAGCCCUCAUCCAAGAAGGAUUAGAGCAGUCCAAGCGUGACUUCGAUACCUUCCUGGAGGACAAUGUGCAGAUCGAAUGGGAUAAACAGCGGCAGAGGAUCUACGAGCACUUUGGUCUGGGCAGACAGAGCGAAGACAUGGCAGCCUCGCAGAGCGGCUUUGGCAGCACAGCUAGAGGGGCUUUCGGACGCGCUACAGCACGCAAGGGUCGUUCCAUGGGCCCCAAUGGGGCAUCAGUCAAUGGACGAUCGACGUUUGGAGCCUCCGCUGCUGGACCACCUGUCCUGGGUGCUUCUCAAAGUGUGCUAGGUGGCCGAGAUGUCUCUGAUAAAUCCGUCAUGAGCGGACAAGUUGGACUCCAAGACCGAUAUGCACGAGACAAACAAGAGAAAUUCAUGGACGAGGUCAAGAGGCUCAAUGAGGCAAGGCUACGCGAAGAAUCGUUCUCUGUGCUUCACUCUUUCUCUAGUGUAGAGAAGGCUGCUGGCACCGAGUACUCGGAUCAUUUCAUCAACGCUUACGGAGCACUUGUUUCUAUUACUGGUGAGAAGACUGAAGCAGAAGCAUCCAACCCAGGCUCAAACCAGCCCAAGGAGCGGAGCUUCGCCAAGGACUAUCUGGACGACCAGCCCAACUCUGUCGCGAGCGUACGGAUGCGCAAGCGCAUACUAGAUGGCUCUCGUAAGUAUCUAGAAAACAAGUUCCUGGAACAGGUAGAUGAGGUUUUGCGAAAGAAUCCGUCGGAAGCGCUUGUUGGCGGUGUUCCGUCCAUGCUCAACAAGAUUCGUGGAUUUGUCAGAGCCAAAGCUGCGUUUAAGGAGCUUGGUGCGGAUACCGAGUUGUUCCAGAGGAUAGGAGAGGCAGGAGAUGAAUUCCCAUGGAUCAUCAUCUUCUUCUUGCUAAGAGGUGGCCUUUUGACGGAAGCUGCCGAGUAUGUCCGAGAGAAGAGGAACUUCUUUCAAAACACCGAUAGAAACUUUCAAUCGGCAAUCACACAGUAUGCUACGGAUCCUGACCGUAGACUGAGCCCGGACACUCAACAAAAGGUGGGCCACACACACGCUCAGAGGACUCGUUUAAAGACACCCGAAGAUCCUUACCGCAUGGCCUGUUACAAGAUUGUAGGCCGAUGUGACAUGAGCAAGCGCAACCUGGAGCCUAUCAAGGAGACCAUGGACGACUGGGUGUGGCUACAGUUCAACUUGGCUCGCGAAGGCAACAGAGCCGAAGAAAACGCGGGUGAAAUUUUCGGCUUGGAAGAGCUGCGAACGACGAUCAAGGAUAUUGGCCAACGCCACUUUAUGAACGACACAGCUGAAUCUGCUGGUGGAUACGGAGUAUACUUCUAUCUUGCUACGCUUGCUGGCUUGUUCGAGCCCGCGGUCAACUACCUCUAUACGCACAACUAUGUGUCUGCGGUUCAUUUCGCUAUUGCUCUGGACUACUAUGGGCUACUACGAGUUUCAGAUUGGACAACAGCUGGAGGCGAGAUUUUGACCUACACAACACGACAACAGCCGCAGUUGAACUUUGGACGAGUGGUUGGAUACUACACCAGUGACUUCCGGGCGGCCCGAGCUGAUGCUGCAGCGGACUACUUGGUGUUGAUAUGCAUGAACGCAGACCUACCAGGCGAAGCGGGCAGGCAGCAAGCAGACCUUUGCCACGAGGCACUCCGUGAGCUUGUCCUUGAAACACGCGAGUUUUCCACAUUGCUAGGCGAUGUCAAAUCGAAUGGGCAAACAACGCCUGGUCUCAUUCAAGAACGUGUGCCAUUACUGAAACUCGACGGCGAAACGGGUCUACUCAAUACAAUCACGAGCGAAGCGGCAAGAAUGGCAGAUGAUAAUGGACGCAUCAACGAUGCCAUUUUGCUGUGCCACUUGGCCGGCGAGUAUGACAGCGUAGUCACCAUUCUCAACCGUGCGCUUGCUGAGGCUCUUUCGGUAGAGCUUGGUCAAGAGCCACUUCGUCUGGAACCACUCAAGCCACGCUUGAAUGCAGGCGAGUCGCAACAGCAGCAACAGCAGUCGGACGCGUCGUCGAGCUUGAGCAUGCUUGGAACAGACGAUCCUGUGGAGCUUGCCCAGAAGGUCCUGGCACUAUACAAUGCAAACAGUCUGUGGUGGAAGAAGGUUUCGCAGGUGAACCGUGAAGCGGUGGGCAUCCUGUUCCAGCUUAACAAUGCCAAGAAGGUGAUUGAAGCUGGUGACUACAUGGCAGCACUUGGGCAAAUCGAGAAUCUCCGCAUCCUCCCGUUAUCUGCUGGAGGCAACGUCAGCGAUAUUCGGGCCGCCGCCAACAGCUUCAACUCGUAUCCCCAGGAGAUAUCGCGGAACAUUGGCAAUGUGCUACUAUGGUGCAUUGGCUGCUGUUCAAGACACCGGGAGCAUCUUCUUUCUGGACAGUUUGAAGACCAGAUGCGUAAGGUGCUGGCAGACCAGCUGCUGCAAAAGGCCAAGGACCUCAUGGUAUUUGCUGGGCUGAUCAAGUAUAAGCUUCCGCCCAGGGUGUUUGAGACGUUGGCGCGAGAGGGUCUGGAAGUUGGCGCUUUUUGA